UUUAAAUAACAAACAACGCGGUGAUGGAUCUAAAAAUAAUAAGUGUGAAUCAAAAAUGUAAACACAUUUAAAAUUAUAUUGCACAAAACUGAAACAUGUGUUAAAAAAAUUCCAAAUCGCAAACAAAAUCCGGUUUCCUGCUCACGUGUUAUUUUUUUGUGUGCUUGUGGUCUUUCCCCCUUUGCUCUUGUUUCCACGUUCUGCGCUUGCGUUUCUAAAAGUUGCAGUUAGAGUUUCAUGUAAAUCAGGGCGGGCUUCAGUGUCACUAUUGGCCAACAAGUUCUAGAUUGACAGCUUCUCCUCUAGCCAAUCAGUCCAAGGGGGAGUUGACGUCACUCCAAUGCGACUCAUGGCUGCUGUAAGAGGAUGGAUAACCAGCGUCAGCAGGCAAAUGCCAGACAAUCUCAGCAGACCGAAUACCUGGAUGUGCUUAGUGCAGCACAGAGCCUCAUCUCUGUGCUAACACAGACUCUUAAUCAGAGUCCUGUAACACCACGUCCUCAAGUUCAAGUGCAGGGUCAGGGGCAGCAGGCAGUCUUACCAGAAAGACAGACAAAUACCACCAUUGAUCAGGACAUGGCCAGGGCCUUUCCAAGCAUGUUCCGAAGACAUGCAAUCUGCGGGAAAAAAAGAAUAAAUGUAGCAUCCAGAACACAUACCAAGAAUGCAAAAGCAUUUAAACCUUUUGAUUUAAAUGUAUAUCUUUUGGAUAAAAAUUCUGAGACUACCCCUUCACCUGCACACGAGCUCAAGCUUGUUCAAGCAGGGUUUGGCAAAAGGACAAUCUCAAUUACAAUGGACAUAACACAUUCAGAGCUUUCCAGCAUACUGUAUGAAGCAUUCCCGAAAAUGGAGGGUCUGAGUGGAGGAUGGAUGCUUUAUAAGGCUACUGGGGGGAGUGGUACAAGACGGCUGAAUGUUAUUCCUCCAGACUCGGAAGGUUACACUGGAUCCCAGAUUAAAUCUGCCUCCGCAUCUGGAAAGACAAUGCUGUAUGUAGUUCCUCUACAAGAGGAGCUGGACCUUAAUCCUCUCCCUAAUGAUGCCAGAGAAUUCAAAAAAAUGCCAAAGGCUACUUGCCAAAUGUGCAACAAAAGCAUGCCCCUGCAAGUGUUGGCUCUCCACAUUCAGGUUUGCAAGUCAAGUGAUUCCGCAUCCUCAAAUGAAGAGACAGAAGUUCAGUUCGUCUCAGAAAGCAAUUUGGAUGAGAUAACACAAGAAAAUUUUCCAUCUGAGUCUGUUUUACCAUGCCCAAUAUGUCAACUGAAGUUUCCUGUGGACAGUCUUGAACUACAUGCCAGCCUGUGUGGAGAACAAAAUCUUUUGGAGUCUCCAGAUCACAGUUCUUUUAUGCGCAAUGAUGAUUCUGGUAUUGCUGAUGAUACAACAGGCAAUUCAAGCUCUCCACAAGUAUUAUGUCUAGAUGAUCUUCUGGAGCUGCUUGCUGGCCGAGUUAAUGCAGAAAAUCAAUUCCGCAUUUGUGUUUCACGGGACAAUCUCCUAGAGAGGGGGCUCAAGCAGUGGCAAAGACAAAAAAAAGGAAACCCAGCCAACCAGCUAAAAAUAACCUUUAUUGGGGAAGCUGGAGUCGACUCUGGUGCUUUAAGAAAGGAGUUUCUUACAGAAAUGAUCAGUGGUAUUGAAAAACGCCUCUUCUUGGGUCAGAGAGCAAAGAGUCCACAGUACUCCAACAGUGACCUUGACAAUGGUCUCUUCAGGACUGCUGGCGAGAUCUUUGCUGUCAGUCUAGCUCAAGGUGGCCCAGCCCCAUGUUUUAUGAGGGAGUGGUGCUACUUUUACCUCACCACUGGGGAAGUUGAUGUCAGCAGAAUUUGUAAGGAUGAUGUAGAUGAUGUUGAAUACUCCCUAUUGAUCACAAAGGUUGAAGAGGCAACUGAUCUGACUGAAUUUACAGAUGAAAUUAUCAGCUGUGGAUACACAGGAGCACUCAACAUAGAACAAAAAGAUGCCGUAAUUAGAGCAAUUGUUCUCCAUGCAACAUUUCGAGUUAUACCAAUGCUUGGAGACUUGCGCAAAGGCCUUCAGCUGUAUGGAUUGCUGGACAUACUCAAGGAGCAUCCAAGUCUUUGCAAGAGUCUGUUUGUUCCUGGGCAGGACUGUACACCAGAUGCAGACUAUAUUCUCAGCAAUGUUGCUCCUGAAAUGAGUGAGAGAGGAACUUCAAGGGCUUCGGUAGAGAGUAAAAUCAUAAACUACUUUCAGGACUUCCUUCAAGAAAUUGAAUGUGGAGAGAGUGCUGAAGAUGCAGCAGAAGUGGAAACUGAGCCAUCCUACCUCACUGUCCCUAGAGUCAUGCAAUGGAUUACAGGCCAGGGACAUAAGCCACUACUGAUUUCGGAACAGAAGGCUUUUCAGAUAGUUUUCAAAUUUGAUCAUGACUGUAAAGUCAGAAUGCCACAGCACACCAUAUGCUUCCCAAUAGUGAGUGCUUGCACUAAUACGGUUACCUUUCCAGUAGCACACAUGACAACAUACGAAGACUUUAAAUUCAUCAUUGUACAAGCCAUAAAAUCAGGGGGAGCAUUUAGCAGGGUUUAAAUAUCACCCACAAUAUAGUGCUGGAUUUGAGUUAAUCUCUUAAACCAUAGCUUUAAGUGUUACAGUUGGUUAACAUAUUUCCUACAUCAACUGGUGGAUGUCUGCAGUACUUUUAGACCUACAUUAAGAUACUUAAGUUGCACUUUCUUUUCUGAAAUGAGUGCGGUUUCUGUAGUUUAUAUCUGAUUUAAGAUAUAUAACUUGCAUCUGCAGUUCAAAUCAAGCCGCUCUGUUGUAGAGCUUUCCUUAACUGAUUUUAUAUCUGAUUUAAGGUACUGAUGUUGCAUUUCAUUUAUAAGUUCAUGUUUUCC